AUGGGCUGCUUCCGCAGCCUCUCGCUCUACGUGGCCUGCUGCCGCGACCAAGCCCCUCCCUCCUGGGCGGCGUGCGAUCCGGCGGAAGCAGACGCCUGCUGCGGCGCUGCGGGCCAAAAGGAGUUCCUGGGCCUGGUGGCCUCCGUGCCCGUGGAGAGCUCCGAGCAGCCGCGGGCUGUGGAGGUUCUGUGGCACUUCCUGCGGGACAUCGACCCUUGGAGCCUUGAUGCCUGGCGCCUCUUCGCGUCGAUGGGGGCGCAAAGGGCCAACCAGCAGGUGACCUCCAAGUGCGUGGGGGCCAUGACCUGCCGGGUCUUGGCGCCGGAGAUCUUCCGGGAGGUGGUUGCGCGCUCAAAGCCGGCCCUGGGGCCGGGGAACUUCUCGGAAGUGGGCAAGGACAUUGCCUCUGCGGAGGAGUACACUGCAGUCCGCCAAGCGAUCUUCAGCUGCCCAUUCAAAGCGAUCCGCUGGAGCAGACAGCCGAGGGUGAGAUUGGAGCAACUGCCACCUCUCUACGAAGGCUUUCCCAAACGGAUUGAAGACAACGUUUACUUUAUGGGCCACCCGGAUGCCAACACCUUUGCAUGUGCCGGCUUCUUCAUACGGCACGAGGGUCAUAAUAUUUUGAUCGACCCGCCAAUCGCGCAUCCCAAGCUUUUGGAGGCAGUGCAGCAGAUGGGUGGAGUGCAACACUUGUGUUUUACCCAUGUAGAUCACACUGGGAAUGCCACCGCCUGGUAUGAAGCAACGAAGGCAUCCCGACUGAUGCACAAGGACGAUAUGGUCGAGGCAGAAAGUAAGUACACUCCAUUUCCAGUCACCAAAGGCUUCGAGCAUCUUUUGGAGCUCAAAGCAGGGGAAACCACGGCCUUGGAGGGCCUGGCUGAAUUUCAGAUCAUUCACACACCCGGCCACACAGCUGGGAGCAUCAUGUUUUUGUACAAGAAGAAGUUCCUCUUCACGGGGGAUUCAUUGCAUUACUCAGCUGUCAAGGGACAUCUGGUUGCGGCCCGUGUCCAAUGCUGGCAGAGUUGGGAGUUGCAGACUCAAAGCCUCCUGGUCAACAUCUUUCAGGACUUCCAGUGGGUCCUGCCCGGGCACGGCGAUUGGCGGCGCUUCGAGAGUCCCGGCGCCGCCCGCGCCAGCCUGGACCGCUGCGUCUGGUGGAUGAAGCGGCAGGGCAGAGGCCGGACCUGGCUGCCGUGGUAUGUGAUUUGGAUCGAGUGCCGAAAGCUGCCGCCUGGUCUUUUCACCUGGUUGGCCGACAGCUUCUUGAUGACGCAAGGUGCGAAGGAUUCACUUCCCAAUUGGACACUGCCAUCUUGGUUCACAUCCUUGGUACUGCUAAUCCCUCCUGCCAUGCUUCUGUUCUGCGCGAUGCCGUGGACGACUCUAAAGCGAGCCCUGCCGCUUUGA